AUGUUUUCUCCUUCCCAUGAUGGCGCUGCUUCUCCUCCGACGUCGCCUCCUCCGUCCAUCGUUCCUGCUGGCUUUGAGGAACCCACUCCUCAAGCCAUCAACCACUCCAUGGCGUUGCUCCUCGGUGUACCACCAGUGGACAACCAAACCCUUGCGGCGUUCGUCGCUGCUAACGCUGCCGCCGUGACACCUCCGACACGCCGGGUGUUCUAUCCUCCGCCGCUGGUGAUGUAUGCACCGCCGGCAAUGCUUGCACCGCCGUCGCAGUAUUCAUUCGCUAACCGUCACCGUCACCUUAUCACGCUCCACCGCUGCCAUAUCCCACCGGUCACCCGAGGUGAGGAUAUGCCUAUUCCCUCACAUAUCUUAUUAUAUAAAGCUAGAUGGUUGCGACAUGUAGGAUUUUUAUAA